UAUUCAAGCAUCUAUAAACAAGAACCUUUCACUUCUGCUGCGUUUAGGAUCAUGACUGCGCGGCUCAAACUUUCAUCGAGUAAUCCAGUAGGAAAAAAGAUAUUUUCGCGUUGGAUAAAUAGUAAAUCUCCCAAAAUCGGUCAGUUCUGCUUUAACGUUAUUUUGCAUCGCUUUGACACUACGAGUCUGUUUAUUUAAUGUUGUAUUGCGAACAAUGGUAAUUCUACAGAACAGCCCCGACUCUAUUAAGUCUAAAAUGAAGUCUUACUUCAAAAGGGUGGUUUAUCGGCCCGGAGGAAAGAAGAUUGAAAAAAGGAAAAGGAAAAACUCUAACAAGUGUGGCUACCUCGGUGAUGACGAGAGAGCCCAGUUAACACGCACCUUCUCGCCCCCAACACCGCGGUCUCGCCUCUUUCCCCUGAUCAUCUCCCACCAGAGCGAGGAGACCCUUCACCACAUCAACAGUGAUAAUAUCGGCAGUGCAGGAAGUAUUGGGAGUGCAGCAAGUAGUCAUAGUUCAGGGUUUAACGAGAGUAUGUUGGACACGUUGGACAACUCUCUUCUCAGUGCUCCUGGCUUCAAUCUAGACUCCCCUCUUGGUAGUGAGUACAAUCUGAACCAGAUGAGAGAUGAGGAAGGAGUUAAGAUAUCCUCAUCUAACUGCGUAUUUGAGGGGUUCGGGGGUCCUGACAGCGUCGAAACUAUGGAUUGGAAAGAUUUGAACCAGCUGACCAAGUCCCUGACACACAAAAACAAAGUCCUGACUCAGGAACGUCGCGAACUGGAGAUGCAGUUGGCUCACCAAGAAGACAUCCUGGAUAAGAUGGAGCUGGAGAUAGGUCUCAUUAAAAGGGAAAAGAAAGAUAUUGAGAGGCUGAGAAAGGACGAGGGAGGGAGGAUGAGGUCUGAGAAUAAGGAGCUGGAAUAUUCACUAGACAAACUCAGACAACAGAGAAUAGAGGCAGAGAACAAACUCGAACUCAUGGAGCGAGAAAGGGAAUCCAACAAAAUGCAACUCGAGGAAGUCAGAUUACAGCUACAACAAGCUAUAGACGAGCACGUGAUACAGAAAGAGAAUAACAACGAACUCAUCAGACAGUUGGAGAACAAAGAGAGACAGUUGAGUUCGUUAGCAAUCGACUACAAACUAGACGCUGACCUUAACCUGGCUACACAAGUCAAGAUAGACGAACUAAACAGAGAACUACUAGAAAUGAAGCUACACGCGGACCGACUGAAGAGUGACAAAGAACUACUAGCUGCUAAUCUUACUAAAGUCACUUGUGAACUGUCUAGGCUAAAGCAAGGAGUGCCCCUCUCUCCUGACUCCAGCUCAAAUUCCUCCAUUACCUCACCAAUCGUGGAUGAAAUAUAUGGCCGACAGGAUCCGUCAACAUGGAGCUAUCACACCUUGCCGCCAGUAUUUGAGGAGGGAGAUACUAUCGACGAGCUUCUCCGAAAUAAGACAAUUGAUAUGUUAACAGAGAUCGAAGAAAGUGGCAACAUCAGCGACAUAAUGGACGAGCGUUGCAGAUUAAUUCAGAGAAACGAAAUGUUAGAACAGGAGCUGAUUGACAUGAAGCAGCUUAUGUACGUUGUAGCGCCCCAACACUACAUUGAUGAUGAAUACAGCAACUCACUCCAGUAUACUAACCCUACAGAGAUGCAGUACGAGUGUUUUAGUAACGAGUUACACAACAUCUCCUCACAGAUGAGAUUGACUCCGUCUCUGGACAUGGAGGUGGAUAUGGAGGUGGAUAUGGAGGUGGACUCUGACACGCCGGACAACUCCUUACUAACCCUGACAGGCAUUCCAGACAUCCAGGAGCUACAGAUUCCAGGCAGAUCUUGCAUACCAGAGGACUACAGGGUCCUACACAGUGCUCCCCAGCUAUCAGAACAGUUCCUCCCCGAACAUGCUACAUCAGAUCACGUGUCAGAUCACGUGACAGAGGACGGUCUGGUUGAAGCGUGCAGCAACUCUGCGCGCAGCACACACAACUCUGCACACAGCACGCACUCCUCCGUGCACAGUGCACUCUCUUCUGAUCAGGGCGGCUCCGAGUCUAGAGAUCCUAGUGACGAUGCUGACAGUGGCGUCCUCUGCCAAUCAUCGACUGAUCUUGGAGACCACAACUGUGACACCUGCACUUUGUGGAACCCAGAGAAGGAAAUGCUGAUCAGCAAAGUGGUAAAGUCAGAGCUGGAUUUAGAACAAGUUAAAUGUGAACGAGAUAGGUUAGAGUACGAGCUCAACCAGCUUCAACCCCCCAGAUGGCGAGGGUGGCUCCUUCAUAUAACAGCUUUAGUAAUCGUACUAAUAUUCUUCCUUACCUCCUUCCCUCUCUUCUCUGAUAACCAGUGUAAACACUCCAACUAUCAGCCCUGGUCGGAUUUCUUUAGUUUUAAGAUUAGUCACCCCAGAGACAGAACCUAUCAGAUCGCACACUGAACCCCUGCUCAUGGCAGGGAGGUGGUGCUCAAUUAGGUUUUUAAAACUCUGAGCUGCCUGUAAAAGCUUCAGAAUUCAUUACACAGUGGAUUAUUGCGGAAAAUGAGUGAUCUGAAGCUUUUGCAAUCAACCAGAAUUGAAGUCUUUGUAACCGUACAAAAUAUCUAAUUUUGAGUUUUUAUUAGCUGUGUCGUAAUUUAUUUGAUGUGAGAGUUUAAACGUUAAAUUCAGAUAUUCGCGAUGCCGCCUGUAAACCGGUUAAAUUUAUGUCAUUUUUGCAAUUUAUUUCUUACUGUUGAGGUUUAUUUUCAUGGCAUGUUUAUGUAUCACUUUGUAUGCUACAAUUUUAUACUUUAAUUUUUUACCAUAUUGAGUGAGACUAGAGAAAAUUUUGAUGUUUUUAUUAGCAGUUAGUUGCCAAGGAAAUUACAGAUCUAUUGAAAUUUAAUAGUACUUUCUAUACUGUAUUAUUAAUAUUAUGAAUUAAGUUAUUUUAAUGAUAUUAUACAAUUUGUCCGGACAGCACUUUCCUGUUCAGAUAAUUGAAUAUUAAGCUAUCAUGGUAACGAAAUCAUGCUAACGAUGUCAACUUGUAAUCAUAGUAUUUUGAAGUUUCCUUGGCUUGAACGUUAUUUUCUUGAAUUACGUUUGCUGAUAACUAUUUUGUAAAUUUCUUUUCAGUUGAGCAAUAUAAUGUGCGGUAUUUUAAAUUAUUUGUACAUACAUCUUGAUAUAUAUAUUUGAUUUUUAUCCAGUCAAUUUUAUAACUGGUUCGAUAAUUCAGUUUAUUAAAUAUUCUUGACUUUAAUAAAACUAAAACUUUUAUUUCAAUAA